AUGUCGGAAGCCAUGUCAGAAGCCAUGUCACGUCCAUAUGCCACCACAGCCACAAGCUGGUCCGAUCCCCAUUAUGCUCCCCGCGGCUCAGUUCAUCAACCACAAAUGCAACCACACUACGAUCACCAGCUGUCUUCUCCAGCGAGCAUGUCAACUGGCGCCCCUGGCAGCCGCCGUCCCUCACAGCUGCAGCCCCCACGACCCGGUCAUGGAUACCAGUUGACCGAUAUGUCAACCGCUCCGCAGGUCUCACAUCCUCCGCCUCCUCUCAGCGUGCCGUCCCAUCACACUUCCAGUGGCACCCUCGACCAGCAAAGGCACUAUGAACCCAAGGCGCAUCCCCCACCUCAUUUUUCUUCCCCUGCCGUUGAAAGACCAGACAUGUUACAGGGCCGCCACAUGUCACAACUCGUUCGGGUGCCCUCAAUCUCAGAAAACCAGCAACCGUUUGGAUACACGCAGCGUCCUCCAUCAGUCGACAUGCGUGCCAUUCCGCGCUUCACCGGCCAGCAAUUCCUCCCGACGACUGCUCCCAUGAUCAGCGGCACAAAUCCAAAUAGUCCCGCCGCCUCACCAACUGAAUCGAGGCCAGAUCCCAUGAGAAUAUCUGACCUGCUCAGUCCUGGCGCCGGCAGCGGAAGUCGCAGCAGCAGCAUCAGCAGCAGUAAACGUCUCGGAGAUAUUGAUGCCAACUACAAGUUGAGGAUCCGUCAGCAACCCGUAGCCGCUCGAUCAUGUGGCUUCGGCGAGAGGGACAGAAGAGUCGUUGAUCCUCCCCCAAUCGUUCAGCUCAUUAUUGAAGGACCCAACCUCACUCCAGAAGAGAUCAGCAAGCAGCUACGUUACUGUCACUAUGUGAUGAGCUGCUCAAUAUACGAUGAGAGUGGUGCCCGAGAUGCAUCUUUCAUGCCUGAGGAGUACCGACAACAACGGCGGCUUAUGGGUUCAUUAGUCGGUGCCCCAUUUGUCGGCAAAGAUGAGCACGAUGAAGAAGGCUGCUUCUUCUGCUUUCCAGACCUCUCCUGCCGCACGCCUGGCUCGUUCCGCCUCAAAUUCAGCCUUGUAAAGAUUGACCCAGCACGAGCAAGAGAGCUAAGGCACUUCCCUGUCCUCGUCGAGGCUAAAAGCGACGUCUUUACCGUCUAUACUGCAAAGGAUUUCCCGGGUAUGCAGGCCAGUACGAGGCUGACCAAGCGCUUAAAGGAGCAAGGGUGUAUCAUCUCAAUCAAGAAGGGCAACGACAGGUCAAAGAAUGCAAGAGGUCACGACGACUCGAGUGAUGGCGAGCCAGAUGAUGGCGAAACGUCCUCUCAAGGCAAGAGACGCCGCCGCUCGGCGCGAUAA